AGCGCAGAAAUUCAACGUACAACUUCGUCAGUAGCAUCUCCCUUCGUUCUAGCAAAAGGCAAAUCGCCUAGAAAACACAUCUCCGUAAUUGAAAUUCAAAGCGACAAGAACGAAAGCGCUGUUGAAUCCUUAUUCGAUCUGUCUGGUAGUGAGAAGUCGCUGCCAUACGAGUCGUUGAUAACUAAGAGAUUCCCUAAGGACAUCUUUUUAGAAAAAAGUCCAUCUGUUGGUCAGAACAUAUCAGCUUCAUCUCCAGAGGUUUCUGCUAUGGGGACUGUCGAUAUCGGCACAGGUAAAGAGGAUGCGGACCAGAGCAUUUGGUCGAUGGUACCAGCGAAACCACCUCAAGCUAACCGUUCACGUCUGGACUUGACCGCAGAAACAGAUCUCGACCAGAGUGUUUGGUAA